GUCGUGGGUUUUUACAAGUAACGGAACGUCGCACAACAGACAUUUAUUCUUUACUGUUGGUUCAGCUUCAACCCUUAUCACGUUUUCACUGGCAUCGACGUGGAAGUCUCGAGUAGCUAUACGUCUCAAAGUUUGUAGGUAACUUAGUGAGUGAGUACCGUAGACAUUACCAUUGGACAACGGGGACACGGACUCCAAUGUUUACGUCGCAGUGUUGUAGCCAGUUCUGUCUCGAUGCCAGUGUGAGUUGAUUUUCGGUGUUCGCAGUCGAUCUCGGACUUUUUGAAAAAGCGACAAAAAUGUCAAGCUGUGAUGGGAUGGGACUGAUAAACUACGGUCGAAAGUUAUUUCCCACCGUAGGACAAAUGGAUCAACCAGAGGAGGAGCAGGACCAGAUUGCCACAUGGUUCAGUGAGCAGGGACUCCCUCUUGACUCCCCUAAGGAGGCUAAGCUGCGUUUGCAAUGGAGUGCCUUCCAGCGCACAAGAAAUUGUCUGAACAGUGUGACAUGGGAACUAGACACCCAGCGCUUACAACACUUAGCAGAUAUGAUAGAGGUACACAAGUCCUUGGAGCAGAUCCAAAUCUUUACAGAGCACAAAGAUGUUUUGGCUCAGGAGAUACAAGGCGAAAACGAUCAACUCAAGGAGCAGCUGCACCGCCUAAUAUCCCUUCAAGAUGCCCAGAUAAGCGAGGUGGCUAAGAUGCUGUACCAGCAGGGUCUCACAGAGUUGAUUCACAGCAGCCUCAGUGAACAGGUGGCCUAUCUCCUGGUGGAGAGAGCCUCUUUAAUUGAGAUGACUGAGGAUUCUAACAAUCUGACGGAUGAUGGAAACACACCCUGCCCGCUGGGUUCUGAAGCCCAGGCACUGAACACGUGUGCACACCAGUCUUCCCACAAGGGGGCAGCACAUCACAGCCAGAGCCCAUGGAAGAGACUCUUUGGACUCCACAAAGCUUCCCAGCGCAAGCAUACUUUUAUUCCUGCUGAAGCCAGGCACUUGGCUGGCCAGGCAAGCAGCAGGAAGCAAUGUUCCCGCCUGGAGCGGGAUCUGGAGGAGGGCUCCCGCCGGCUGGCCAUGGCCCACAAUGAGAUCCGGCAUUUGACUGAUGAGUUGGAGUCUGCUCAUUUGACUCAAAGAGCUUAUGACAUGGUGGAAUUGCGAAAGGCCAAAGAGCUGAACGAUCGUCUGGACCUUGAGAUCAGAGCCUUGAGGAGCAGGGUACGCACCCUGGAUGCUGAGAAAAGCUCGCUGCAGCAGACGGUGGCGUCUCUGCAGAGGGAGGUGGAGCGGCAGCAGUCCGCUCUGCAGGAGCAGCAGCAGCAGCUUCUCACUGUGCAGGUUGAGGCCAACCAGGCUAAUGAGUUAGCUAAAUCCCAGGCAACUGAAGUGAUUCAGAGCAAUGAGAUCUGCAGGGAUUUACAAAGUAAGCUCAGCGCUCAGUCCAGAUGCCUUUUGGAAAAGGAGUCAGAAAUACAUUCUCUUAAGCAGCAGCUGGAUAUCUCCCAUAAUGACCUGGAUAACCCUAUAGCUACCACCUGCAGCAAAGAAAGCAAUCUCCAGGAUCAAAAGGUGUGGAAGCAAAAAGAGUCAGAUUCGCAGCACUGUCAAAACACUCACUGUCAUCUGAAAUACGACAAAGAGCUACAGACACAACUACAGCUGCCUCAGAUCAAGGAAAACACACUGCCUAAGGAGUAUCCUCAUUAUCAAAAGGGGGUGAAGACUCUGUUGACAACCCAAGAGUGUGAGAAGCUCAAGAAGGAGAUCUGUGAAACCCUUAAAUGCCUUGACAAAGAGCGGAGUAAAUACCAUGAAAUGAAAGAAAAGCACAAGGCAAAACUUUGUCGAGUCAAACAGAAAUGUGAUGAUGAAACCACAUGGCGUGACAAGAAGAUAAAAACUCUAGAGCGAGAACUGUCCUUUUGUUCCCAUUCAGUAGCAAAGGAAAAAGAGCUUACCAUAAGCAUUACUGUGGAAAAUGAGAAACUACUUGUUGAGAGGAGAAGGCUACUACAACAGCUAAAUGAAGAGGAGCACAACAAGAAAGACAGUAAUCUUACAGCUUCUUUGUCCCAAUGCAGGGUGGAUUUUCUAGAGAUGGAAAACAAGAAACUUGGAAACAAAAUACUUCACAUGUCCAAACAGCUAGCUGUUCUGAAACGCUGCCUGCAAAACAUGCAGUCACUCCACUUUGCUGAGGUACCUGGCACAGAACUGAAGAAAACAUCACAUUGUAUGCAGGUUUUUAAAUCCCUCCCUGUGCAGACUUCAAGUGCAAUGAUGCCUGAGCUGUCUGAAAUUCAGAGCUUAUUGGAAAAUACUCUGAGCAAGCAGACAGCCGUGACCUACUACCCUCACUGUUUCAUCUCUGGGCCUCUGUCUCGAUCUGCAGAGAUGGGCUACCUGAAUCUUACAUCCCCUGCGGGAAGCUCAGACCACUCAGCUCCCCCGGCCGCCCUCAGCAGCUCAUAAAGUAUGUGUUCCUGAGAUCUUCUGUGUGUCUGCAACAUGUAUAUACUGUACAGAAAUUAUUUUAUUAUUAAAUUAUUACACUUUUUUUCCCCCC